CGCCCUCCGCUCGCCUGGCCCGGACCGGAAGCGGCGCCGCUCGGCCUGGGCCUGGCGCGGGGGGCGGGCUCCGGGGCCCGGGCGGACAUGGGCAAGAAGCACAAGAAGCACAAGGCGGAGCGGCGCCUCUACGAGGAGUACGCGGAGAAGCCCCUGAAGCUCGUCCUCAAGGUGGGCGGCGGCGAGGUGACGGAGCUCUCCACCGGCAGCUCGGGCCACGACUCCGGCCUCGUCGACGACAGGCACCGCGACCGGAAGCGCAAGAAGCGCAAGAAGGGCGACAAGCAGCCGCCCGCCGACGACAAGGGCCGCAAGCGGAGGCGCGUCAAGGAGGACAGAAAGAAGCGAGAUCGUGACCGUGUGGAGAAUGAGACAGAAAAAGACCUCCAAUGUCAGGGACCUGUGAGAUUAGACUUGCCUCCUGAGAAGCCUCUCACAAGCUCUUUAACCAAACAAGAAGAAGUAGAACAGACACCCCUUCAAGAAGCUUUAAAUCAACUGAUGAGACAAUUGCAAAGAAAAGACCCAAGUGCUUUCUUUUCAUUUCCUGUGACUGAUUUUAUUGCUCCCGGCUACUCCAUGAUCAUUAAACACCCAAUGGAUUUUAGUACCAUGAAAGAAAAGAUCAAGAACAAUGAUUACCAGUCCAUAGAAGAACUAAAGGAUAACUUUAAACUAAUGUGUACUAAUGCUAUGAUUUACAACAAACCAGAGACCAUUUAUUAUAAAGCUGCAAAGAAGCUGCUGCAUUCAGGGAUGAAAAUUCUUAGCCAGGAGAGAAUUCAGAGCCUGAAACAGAGCAUUGACUUCAUGGCAGACUUGCAGAAAAGUCGGAAGCAGAAAGAUAGAACAGACACCUCUCAGAGUGGGGAGGACACCUGUGUCUGGCUGAGAGAAAGCGAAGACACUGGAGAUCCUGAUGCACUCACUUUCAAGAGUCCCAAUAAGGAAAACAAAAAGAAAGACAAAGAUAUGCUUGAUGACAGAUAUAAAAUCAGUAACUUAGAAAGAGAGCAGGAGCAGAUUGAUCGCAUUGUAAAGGAAUCUGGAGGAAAGCUGACCAGGAGACUUGUUAAUAGUCAGUGUGAGUUUGAAAGAAGAAAACCAGAUGGGACAACAACAUUGGGACUACUACAUCCUGUGGAUCCCAUUAUAGGAGAGCCAGGCUAUUGCCCUGUGAGACUAGGAAUGACAACUGGAAGACUUCAGUCUGGAGUGAAUACUUUGCAGGGUUUCAAAGAAGAUAAGAGAAACAAAGUAACUCCAGUAUUAUACUUAAAUUACGGACCUUACAGUUCUUAUGCUCCGCAUUAUGAUUCCACAUUUGCAAAUAUCAGCAAGGAUGAUUCUGAUUUAAUCUAUUCAACAUAUGGAGAAGACUCUGAUCUUCCAAGUGACUUCAGCAUUCAUGAGUUUUUGGCCUCCUGCCCAGAUUAUCCAUAUGUUAUGGCAGACAGUUUACUGGAUGUUCUAACAAAAGGAGUGCACUCUAGAACCCUGCAGGAAUUAGAGACGACAUCACUUGAAGAUGAAGAUCAGACUAGGACACUUGAUACAGCAAAAGAAACAGAGCAGAUUACCGAAAUAGAACCAGUGGGGCAUGUAGACUCCAGUAAUCAGGACCGGCUCACAGCACUAAAAGCAGUUACAAACUUUGGUGCUCCCAUUGAAGUAUUUGACUCUGAAGAAGCUGAAGUGUUCCAGAAGAAGCUUGAUGAGACCACCAAAUUGCUCAGGGAGCUCCAGGAAGCCCAAAAUGAACGUCUGAGUGCCAGACCUCCUCCCAACAUGAUCUGUCUCCUGGGUCCUUCUUACAGGGAAAUGCAUCUUGCUGAACAAGUGACCAAUAAUCUUAAAGAGCUUGCACAGCAAGUGACCCCAGGUGAUAUCGUUAGCACAUACGGAAUUCGGAAAGCAAUGGGAAUUUCUGUCCCCUACUCCAUUGUAGAAAGCAACUUGGUAGAUUUAACAGAAGAUUUUGAAGACCCUCAAAAAACUAGUGUGGCUGAAUGUGGACCUGAUGGGGUAUAAAGCUGGCUGGGAUUAGUUAUAGACUAUGUACAUAUUUUUUCAUUCUUAAUUUGGAAGUGCUUUUCAGAAGAUAUUAAAUAUUUAUAAAUUGUGUUUUUAAUUAAACUUUGGAACAAUUAAUUUUAAUGUUCCAGAGAAUGGACUUCUAUUAGGUAAUAAAGCUGAAUCUCAAGGAA